AUGGUCGCACUCCAAAGCAAAUCGGUGAAUCAGGCUUUGGAGACCAGCGGCCAGAAGCGGUUUGCGGCGGAGACGCUCCAAGCGCUGUGUGACGCUGCCGGCGUUGUGCCGAGGUCCGACUGCGCCGAUGGGAAAUGCAAGGCCAAUGAGCCUCGCAAGCGGCGCAAGGGCCGCAAAGGUUCUGAACAGGUGCUCCCAGGCGGAGAGUGGUCAGAUCUUGGUCCGGAAGGUGGUGAUGGACCGGAGAGGUCGCCGGAGAUGGCAAACGAAGCAGUUCCUGCUUACAGAGGCAAACUUCAGGAGAAGACUGCCACCGACUGGAAAGAGCAUCUGAAAAUCGCAACGGAGCCAAGCUUGCGAGAAGAGCUCUAUCGCCGCUGUCGACAGCUUGGUGUCGCACCUCCACCGGGAGCGACAGGGGCGGAGUUGGCCCUGUUUCUGCAGGCGGUGGUGACGUGGCACGACAUGUCUCUGUCCGACCUCAUCAAGACAGCACGCCGUUUGGGCCUCGAGUCAUUCUACAACGAAACGGAGGAAACUCUCCUUCAGCGGAUUCUGGCCAAGACUUGGGAGCCAUGGCAAAUCCCGGUCCAAAGCUUCACUCACCUCGAGGUGGCUUUUGAGCUGCUGGAGUACUUUCAGAAGCUGGAGGAGCUUACGUGGGACGAGAUCAACACCCUCGCCCGGAAGAGUGGGCUGCCAAUCGAGCCAGGCGUGCGGCGGGAGACUCUGCUGCAGCGCCUGAAGCUCUUGGCUAUUUGGGAGCAACUGCCCACUCCUGAGCUGGAAGCAGAGUGCUGGAGGCGUCUGCAGUUCUUCGACUCCUGCUACUCCGACUUUAUCUCAGGCCACUCGGGCAUGUUCUCCUUCGUGGACCUCAUGGCCUCAGAUCGACAGUAUCGCCAAGAAUUGCUCGGGCAACUGGUGAAGGAGAUGCACCACGAAGCCCUGGCUUUGAUGGUUCAGAAGCAGUGUGAGGCCGACGAGAGCGGCGCAGACGACGAGUUUGCGAUGAGCGGCCAG